AUGGCACAGGGGUUCACGCUUCGGUCGUCGGACGUUGAGGUGCAGUAUAGCGAUAGCGGUCGGUCGACAUUUAGCAAGGUCAACCUUGUAGAUCUCCUAGUGCAUUAUGUAUUUUGGUGGCAUUAUGGUCUUUAUUCUAGCGGAGCACGCAAUUCUGGCCGCAUCCCCCCCUUCACAUCAACGACACGACUUGCUGCUUCAGCCUGGCAUGGAAUCACACCUCGGCUAGAAUUACAUAUAAUAUGCAUCAUAUACCUACACUACGAUGGGUUGGCAGCUAUCCUUGGCCACGAGAUAGCACACAACGUUGCUAGACAUCAGGCCGAACAACUCUCGUCUCUGGUCAUACUUGCUCCUGUUCGAUGGGCGUUUAUAUACCUAGAUUAUGCGGGGUUCACGGCUGGCUUUGGGAGGGUUCUAGCUGAUCUGGCUUUGAAUUUCGGACUCAUGAUGCCGGCGUCGAGAAAGCAGGAGAGCGAGGCGGAUUAUAUUGGAUUGAUGAUGAUGGCGAAGGCUUGUUAUGAUCCGAAGGCUGCAGUGAAGGUGUGGCAACGGAUGGAGGCAGCGAAUAAGUCAGAUAUACCCCAGUGGUUAUCGACCCAUCCAACUAACAACACUCGGAUAGAGCAGAUGACAAAUUGGCUGCCCAAAGCAGAGGCGGCGAGGGAUGAAAGUGGUUGUGCUGUUACUAUGGGAUAUGCAAAGGACUUCCAGGAAACAAUGGGUAGGUGGGGAAGCUUUGGAAACAUUGUC